GAAAAAUAAGACUUACAAUUUUGCAGCAUGUGUGUUGCUGACCAAAGUUGACAGGAAACUGCGAACGAAGAUUUUAAUUAGAUCUUCCGAUGGCGUGUUUACAAAGAGUUCUCGCCAGGCAUCAGAAGAAUAUAGCCCGACUGGCCAAGAGAUGUCUUUCAUCAUCAACCAAUCAUGAUGGGUUCAAGGUUCGCCAACUCCAUGAAAAGGAAUCUGCCAGCCUUGCCAACAGUCAGACAACAGAGGGCAGCAGACUCACAAAUGAGGACUUGAAACUGUUCCACAGAGUCGACCCAGAGGGUUUCUUUGUCGCCUUGGACAAUGCGGGGGACAUAGUCGGGACGAUAGGUGCUGUGAGGUGGACGGACAGACUGGGGUUCAUAGGGUUUUGCCAUGCAGGAGAACAGGCCAAGGAUCAAAUUAAAGGAGUUGAAGAGGCUCUAUGGUUGGCAGCCAUGGAACAUCUAGGAGACAGGAAUGUUGGUAUCGAGGUUGAUGCCUCAGAAGCAGAGAAAUGCGGCCAGCUUGGUUUCCAAGAAGCAUGGAGAUCUGGAUGUUAUAAAGGUGUGGGCGUGUCACUUCUUCCCGAAGCUCAAUCAACCAAGAUUGUUAGAAGGAUCACAGAGAUGCCAUUCAGUAAGGUGGCAUACUUCGACGAAGACCUGUUUGAUCUACAGAGGAUGAAGUUCUUGUAUCGCUGGGCAAACAUAGAGACUCCUGCUGGUCACUCGUAUGCCCUCAGUGAAAAUGAAAAUGUGAUGGGUUACGGUGUCAUGCGGCAGCUGAACCUCUCCAAGAAGUACCGUAUCGCUCCCCUCUACUGCCAGCACACCGCCGUAGCUCAGGUCCUUCUCCUAGCGCUCCUGCACAACAUCCCAGAUCAAACGGUUUACAUCGACUCUCCGCUCUCCAACCCUUCUUUCACAAGGAUACUGACUACGGAUUUGAGGAUGGAGCAGAUUGGGGAGAGGGUGCGGAUGUACACCAAGGGUGACCCAAGCAUGCCCCUCCAGAAGAUGUUUGGAACUUUUGGAAGUGACCUGGGGUCAUGACAUUUGACCUUUUGACAGACAGGUGCUCCAUGAUUCCAAAGAACAUGGAUGAAUGAAUAUUUAUAUUAUGCUUUCUGUGAGAACUCCUCGUGAAAUCUUGAUUUAUUCAUAGGCAACCACAGCAAAGGACCUACAGUAUUGGAUUGAAAUUGAUGCUAGAACUUGAAAUCUUGAUUUAGAAUCAGAUGUGCCCCUCCAGAAGCUGUUUGGAACUGUGAAAGUGACCUAGGGUCAUGACCUUUGACCUUCACGUUAAUGGCAGACAGGUGCUUCACGAUUCAAAAGAACAUGGUUGAUUUUGAAUAUUUAUAUUACAUGUAUACUUUCUCUGAGAACUCAUGAAAUCUUGAUUUACUCAUAGGCAACCACAGCAAAUGUGGAACUGGCAUGCCCCUCAAGAUGUUUGAAGUAACCCAAUUAUUUGAAGUAACCCAAGGCCACGACCCGAAUUCUUGCCUUUUGUAGGACAGGCACCUUGUAAUUUCAAAGCAGAUGAGAUUUACGUUUGCUGCAUGAGCUAAUGAAUGUUGGACUUAUUAUGGAAGCUUAAUAAUACACAAAUAUGAUGAUAUUAUUCAGGACAAGAGAAGAAAAUGAGUCAUUAAGGUGGGAAGGUUCUGGGUCUCAUCAAACUGACUUGGAGAGGGGGUAGUCCGGGAUACCAUACCCUGCCCAAUAUUUCACUCUUCCUCCCACCUCCCCUUUCUCUUUUUUUUUUUCUCUCUCUCUCCCUCCAACUAUCACUACUUUUGCUCCCCCCUCUAUCUCUCUCUCUCUCUUUGUUGUGAUUAUCUAUUUACAUCAAAGUAAAAACAACUACAGUACAUGAAAUCUUGAAAAGUCACAAAAGCAAUUGUGCUUUGGGGACCCUUUGCUGCUUUUGUGACAAUUAUUCCCAUCUUGAUCUCUGGAAAGACAUUGGGGGCUUAAGUUUAGCUUAAUGCAGGUGGGUGUUUCAUUGAACAGUUCAUUGAGUUUUGAAUGACUGGAACAUGUUCUUAGGUGUGAAGUCUGCUACUUAGGUAUGUAUCAUAUACCACAAGAAAGGGUCACCAGUCAUUCGUAAAUUCAAUCGUAACUUAAGAACAGCUUUAUGAAACACCCACCAGGUUUUCUGGAGCAAAUAACACAAAAUUGUCCACUGGAAUGUAAGCCGAAGUAAUAAAAUACACAAUCAUUGAGAGUAAUAAAUACAAAUUUUAUUAUAAAACAAAGCAUUCAUCGUUCGUAUUUUCAUUGUUAAGUCUCCUGAUUAUAUUACACCUUCAUUUUCCUAUAUAUCUUGUGCACCUUAAUAUUUCACUAAUGUAUCUGUAUAUAUUAUGAAAUUAUGAUGCAUUUCCAGAAAAAUGGGUACAUCUUGAUCCUGCAAGCUUCCAAAAUGAAAAUGCGAAGCAAAUAUUGGAUGAGUUCUUAAACAGAAACAUAGGUUUAAUAUCUUUCAUUCCUUGUACUAUAUAAUUAUUUUUCCACCCCCUUCAAGUAAGCAUUCGGAUCUGAGAUGAUGUAAUUUCAUCUCUGCUCAUUUCUGACUGGCCUUAAUUUGCUAAACCUCUCUCCAUAAAUACUUGGCUUACAUGAAAAUAUUAAUUUGCAAAAGUUUAAGACCAAGGUGAUGCAGUAACUCUUCCAGUAGAGAGCCAAAAUGCAUGACAAUAAAUAGGCCUUGUAACACAAACAAAUACGAUCAAUUACACAAGUAUAAUUGUAAGCCUAACACAAACUAGGUAAAAAAAAGUUAUGAUCCAUAGCAUGUAUCUAUAUAUAUAUGUUACACCCUCCAGCCUUUGAGAAAAACACUUGUGGGUCAUGGAAUUUCAUUACCAAUAUUUUGGUGUUUGUGCGCUAAAGCUGUAAGUGUAAUCCUCCUUCCCUUUUUUUAACCAUUUAAUGUAAGAAAAAUGUGUCUCUUCAAUCAUCUGGGAUGUAACAUAAUGAGAUAUGAUCUUUACAUUUUGUACAUAGUCCGCCAUAGACAUAAAAAUGCCGGCAAUCCAACAAUAGAUUGGUUCUUUAUGUUAUUAUGUACUGAUCAGGGUCCCGUAACAAAAAGGUUAGUGAUUGAUCGUACACUUGAUUUUCACGAUUGAUUGUACAGUGCAGACCUGCCAACCUCUGGGAAUGAAAAACUGUAUUCUGUGAUUAAAAAAAACUGUAUUUUUCCCCAAAAAAGUGUAUUUCAUAAUAAAAUGCGUGUAUAUCGUCACCCUGGUUU